AUGGCUCCAGUAAAUAACGACAGACAUCCAAAUCAUACAGGUACUAUACCUAAAACAAAGGCCAGAAAUAACUGCAAUGUACCCCAGGAAGCUGUAACUCCUACAAGAAGAGACAUGACAAGCAAUUUGGUGUCGACUUCCCUGGAUUGGGUGCCAGUUUCAGAAUAUAAUUCAAGGCCUAAUUACAAUAAAUCUAGAAAACCAUCAAAUAACACAUCAGAUCACGAGUUGACCGAUUUGGAUAAUUCCGUAACUUUUGAAAGUGGAUUUGGAAGAUUCGUGCCUGUGAGGCCUCAGCCAAGAGCAUUGCCUCUGAAUGUGCAAAAUCGUGAGAACAUUGCCAGUGAUCACCACGACGAUACCAGCGGAUCUUCUAUCACAGGACACUCAUUACAUCCUUAUGCACAUCAAAUGCAAAAUGGAUUAAUUCCUCAUUCAAAUCAUGCUGCAGCUGCUGUGAUGAUAGUCAAUCCAACUACACCCAAUGCUGUUACUGGAAAUAUAACACAGCCAUUCAAUACUCCAAAUCCAAAUAGAAAUAAUUUAUCAAGGAAUUUGAAUUCAGCUCGCAACAAUUUUGAAACCAACAAUAUUGCAAGUAAUAAUAAUACUACACCACCAAUUACCAAUUCUCGAACUGCGAAUAAAACUGUCAAUUUAGUGAACAAUAUGUAUGAUCAAUGCCAAGGCAGUUUUAACAAUCUAAAUGACAGUAACUCUAUACAUAGGGAGUCGGCACGAGCAUUGGGCGAAGCCAUAGUUGCAGCAUGCCCUGAUGCCGCCGCAGUAGAACGUCGGCUUGGGCAAAUUCGAGAAUACAUAAGAGUGACGUCAUCCCUUGUCGAUACUAUGCGAAAUUCUGAAGAUGAGGCUUUUAUUGAGCACACUAAAGAAGAAUAUGAUGAACUUGUAGAGAUGGUAAUGAAAUUAAAAGAAAGUGAAACUAAAUUAGUAGCUAUGUUAGGGAAAAUGAAGCCUGAAAAUGAAGAAGUUCCAGCUGCCGAUUCAGAUGAAAUUCAAGUUGCUCAAGUAGAAUCAAGUAAUCCAAAUGUAGCUGAAAAUGUUGAAAGUUCUUCUGAAACUACCUCGUUGAAUGAAAACACUGGCAAUGCCAAAAAUAUUAAUAAUAACAUUUCUGCACAUAACAGCCUUAAGAAAGUAACAAAUGUAGAAAAUGAACAAAUAAACAAAACUUUACAAAAUUUCAAAAGUUAUGAAGAAUCUGAUAUUAAUCCGGUUACAACUGCUCAAAUUGUAGAAGAGACACCAGAAGCUUCUCCACAAAACACAAAUAGUUUAAUGGAAAAUGAAUCGCAAGUAGAUUCUGACAGUAAAGUUGAAAUAUUAGAAAUUGAUUCAAUGCCUUGUAAUGAACCACCCAUCAAAAAAGAUGAUAAGCAUUUAAACGAUAUUUUACGGAAAAACAUACUGUCUUGUGUUGAAAAAGUAGCACUUAUUGAGGAAAUAAAAAAUCAAAGUUCCAAUCGAGUUCCAGACCAGGAUCUAGUGACGAGACCUGUGUCAGUACAGAGCAACGGAUCUAUUUAUAGUGAUAACGAGCUUUGGCCUAAUGAAUAUAAAACUAAAGUAGAAUUAUCUCAAAUGCGUAUGGCUGCACUGAAACAGCAAGAGAAGAGGCUUCUCAAAUAUCAAGAAGAAGCAAAGCAACAAUUAGAAGAAUUGACUAGGGACAGACAGUCUCAGGGAAUACAACCUUCAACAUCACAUGACAACUUUGCUAAUUUGCAGAAUCAAACGUUUAGUGCGAAUUUCCAUCAUCCGAACCGAAUGUACGCUGCGAACCAGAUUGGGGUGGCUACGACACUGCCACAUUCUACUGAAACUUUACACGGCCAACAAAAUUUGUCUGACAACUUGGACAAUGACCAUGGGCACGGUCAUAGUCAAGACGAACGGUUUGCACACCGUGACGCAAAUGUUGUCACUACUGAGGAAACCGCAAAUGGCGUGCGGGAUAGCGAAGGCGAGGAUGACGAGGGAUUAUUAGGGGAACGCGGGCGCAUGCUUCAAUUAAAAUUACGCGAGCUACAAAUGAAAAAACAACAUAUGGAGAACUUGGUAUCAGAGUUCCAAAAAUUACAAAUGGCGACGUGCAUAGAGGCAUCACACAAUACCUAUUCUAGUUCUGGGGAAGAUAGUGUAGAUGAAGAACCUACUCGCAAAUGUAACAAACCUCCAAGUGGAAAUAUAAAAAAUGAUGAUCCUUUUAAACUGAUGGAGAUAAAAGCUAUCAAGACUGCACUACAAAAGACGAAGGAUCUCAUGAGAUCUGUAGAGAACUACGAGGCAGAACAUUUGUCUGGUAUUCAUGAUGAGACGUUCUCAAUUCCAGGACAUUCUAACAUUCAUGACAACAAAUCGGAAGGCGGUGGAAGUGCUGGUGGUUGGUCAAAUGAAGGUAGCAUGUGCCGCGUACGGAACUCGUUACCGCAACGCCACAAGUUCACUAACGAGCAACACUCGCAACAGAUUCAACAACAGCAGCAACAGAUUCAACAACAACAAAUCCAACAACAACAACAUCAAAUUCAACACCAGCAGCAAAUUCAACAACAGCAACUACAACAACAACAACUCCAACAACAACACCAGCAACUGCAGCAACAACAACUCCAACAACAACAUCAGCAACAAGACAAUUUGCUUGUAGGUCAUGAAGCAAACAUAGCUUCUUUGCAAGAGCUAGCUCAAGAGCUGCGCAUGGAGACAGAGAAAAUAAUGGGUGAACGAGCACGCAUAAAAGACAUGAUCUCCAAUAAAGAAGUAGCUCGUAAACAAAAGAAAGUUAAUGAAGAAGUACGCGCUGGUCCUAGCGGGGCUCCAGGUCCAGCUGAACGUAGACAGAUGCAGCUGCGCGCUCUACUCGCUGAUAAGCAAAGAGAGCUCGAGGCUUUGCUUAACAAAGAGAAAGUUCUGAGCACCGAAUCAGAAGCUGAACAACAGAAGCCCGAUUCUAGAACAGGCUCAGUAGCAAACAGAUCUUACAACAGUGAACAGGAAGAACCAGAUUCACGAUCAGAGCCAGUACUGAUUGACUCACAAAACUCUAGAGAAAAUGAAACCUUCAGGGGUGGCAGUGGCGAUAACUCUAUAAGUGCUAGGUCGGUAAAUACAGUUCCGACGCAUUUGGGAAGCACAUACGCUAGCGAUAGUGACAGCGCUUCUAGAAAUAAAUCUAAUCAGAGAAAUCGAAUUCGAAGAAGACAGCCUCAAGAUCGUCACACCGACGACAUUGUAAAUAUGCCUCAAUCGAGCAAUCCAAAUCAAAAUGUACGACAUGAGCCUAGAGGCGAGAUUUCCAACGUCAAUAUGGUUCAACCUACUACACAACACGUUGAAAAUCCUGUCAAUAUGCCUUAUCAGCAGAUGCCAUCUCCGGUUUGGAACGGUCCAAAAUGCAAUCAGGACAUGCGCGCGAAUCAGUUCACGCAAAACACUCAUUCGCAAACCAUGGACAGACUACUUGGUACGCCUCAGAUGUCCUUUCCGCCAUCUUUGCCAUUCAACAUGAUGAUGCCUUAUGGAAUGGUGGGGGCAUGUGGGGGCGCGUGUGCAUGUGGCUGCGCAGCGUGGGGGGCUUGGUGCUGGCAACAACUGGCCCUGCACCAGCGCGAUCUACAUCAGCUCCGAGCACAGCUAGCACACUUAGAGGAAAGAUGGCGUGCAGAAACAGCGUCACAUACACUCAAUAACCAAGUUCCUCCUGGCAAUCGAGCCAAUAAUUAUUGGGAUAAUUUUCGCAGUUACUCUCGUCAAAACCUUCUCUCGGCUAACAGCAAGACAAAUGCAGACGGUCAUUUAGGUGUCGGGCUCCCGCAUAAUCCUCACCCUUUGGUGGAGCGAUCACAUAACACUCUACAUCACACUUCUUCUUCCACAUCACCCUCGAUCACACCGAAGAGAAACACCAAUGCAGCAAGUUCCUCACACAAUUCCGUUAUACAAGCUCAACAAGUCAACGAAGAAAUACCUAAUAGACAUAUCCGCAGAAAUAUGGCUUACGAACGAUCACUCUCGUUCUCAUCUGCGCCUGACGUAUUGAACGUCAAUCAAAACUCUGAAAGUGAUGGAAACGCACCUUCGCACUCGAGAAAUAUUGAUGAAAGCGGCAACUCCGCAAACGUAUCUAAUGUCAAUAUAAACCGACAAGAUGUCUCAUCUAACCCAUUCAGAAAUUUAAACAUCACAAAUCCGAUUCCUGAAAUAAUUCAAUCGCAUUCCAAUAAUCUAAAUUCGUCCACUAACAGCAAAAAAAAAUCUUCGUCGAAAUUACCCGCCAAGAAUUCGCCGAAUAGGCGUAAUUAUACUUUAGAUUAUUCGCAAACUAGCAAUAUCAAUAUUGCGAGUACAUCAGAAAUGCCCAACCCUAACUUAGCCUCUACGAGUAGCGAUGUGCACGAUAAAGCUACGUCAAAGUUAUUCGAUUUGCUAAGAGAAAACGUUUAUUCCGAAGUAACUGCACUGAUAGGUGUCAACGAGUCUCAUCCUGAUUUCUUGAUUCAAUUGUUUAGAGAAUUACAAUUGAUCAGUUCCGAUCCUCUGCGACAGAAAGUUUUACAAUCCAUUCGCAGUGUACUGUCACAAUACAGUUCUAUUUUAGAGAAUCGUGGUAGUGACGGUGUCCACGAAGUAACUAGAGUUGAGGACGGCAUGACGACUUCCGAGGAGGUUAACAAUUAUCAUGAGUGUAAUUCAACUCAAAACGCCUGUUCCAGUACCGUACAAGUCGAUAAUAAAAUAGUUCACUUCUUAUUAAUAAAAAGUGACGAACUUUUCACUAUGGAGUUGUUGGAUUCUUUGGCAUCACAAAUUCUAUGCACUGUAAGUGACGGCAGAUAUUCUCAACAAGCUAAAAAAAGAAUUCUUGAACUACUUUCUAAAUAUGAAGGUAUACGAGUUUGCGACGUAUCAAGUGAUAUCUUAGAAAAUCUGCCCCUUUUUAUGUCAUCACAUAAUGAAGCUGAUGAAUCUAGCCAGUUGGCGGCAGGGCGAUCUGAAUCUUCUAUUUUACAAGACGUAGCGGGAUCAUUAAACUUAUUUAGUUCCAGUGAUAGUCAGCUACAUCAACUUAACGCAUGCCCUUACGAUAUGUGGCCUGGUCAUGUACACAUGGAUAUUGAUACAUCUGAAUUGAACGACAAUAGCCCACGGUCCAGUCAAGAAGGAAAAGUUGACCUCAUCAAUUGUUCUGAAAUGCAUAAUGGUGAUUUGGCUGAAGCCGAUCAGACUUGCCAUUCCGAUAUCGAUAACAAUGCUCGCGAUGACGCGGAAUCUGCAGAGGCACUGCCUGACGUAGUGGAUACUGAAGAAGUGACGCCUACUGAGGCGGAAGCGGAAUGGCUCGGGCUUGACCGUGUGCCAACAAGGCUGCUCUUGGGAGAUUCAUCUGAAAAGCAAAAAGGUGAUUUUUAA